GAGCGUCCGAUAACUCCAGGUCAGAUCUGUAAUGGAAACUAUAUUUGGAAGAUAGAAGGUUUCCGAUCUCUGCUUUCCCAGUAUGCUAGCGAUGGAAUAGUAACAUCACUUGAGAGUCCUUCGAUUCACACUAGCUGGCGUGGAUACAAGUUCUUCAUGCGUAUCUUUCCAAACGGCAUUGAUGGCGGACAUGGAAGACACAUUGGCCUUUUUGUUGGCAUAAUGCAGGGAGAGUACGAUACUGUUCUGGACUGGCCCUUCCGUGGACGAAUCUCUCUCACCAUCAAGGAUCAAAGCACUGAUGUUCAUGGCUUCCACCAAGAUAUCAGUGGCACGUUCAUGGCCAACAGAAAUCAGGCAGCUUUUCAGAAACCCACGGCUGCCGAGCGAUACAAAACCCUGUAUGGUUACGCAGAGUUUGCGCCUAUCACCAUGGUUUGUGCCCCACAGUAUUCUAAAGAUGAUACCGUUAUGAUACAGAUUGAGAUCCAUAACAUUCCCUAA